CUGACUUCAGAGCCAUCAUGCUAGCUGAAGAAGUCCUGUGCAACUAGCUUUGCUAAACUCACUGCAAUGACACACUGGGUCAGCAUCUCUGUGAAUAACAUAUCUUUUAUUUGACAUUGACACUGGGAUCUAGAAUGGAAACAGCUGCUGGUGUGUGAAGAGCCUCGUUUUCUCUGGUCCGGCCCGAUAGGACAGCUGUCUCGGUUAGCCGGUGAGCUAGCGUGGCUAACCUCAACAUAACUGCCUGCCGAUCGCGACCAGCACGUCGGCGGCGUGACGUUGGGAAACUCUACCAUCGCCAUGGAGAAGGCUGAUUUCUUGAAAGGACUCCCCGUCUACAACAAGAGCAACUUCAGCCGGUUUCAUGCAGACUCCGUUUGUAAAGCAUCUAAUCGGAGGCCCUCUGUGUACCUUCCAACGCGGGAUUACCCCUCCGACCAGAUUAUCGUAACAGAGAAAACCAACAUCCUCCUGCGUUACCUCCACCAGCAGUGGGACAAAAAGAAUGCAGCAAAGAAAAGGGAACAGGAGCAAGGUGACGGGGACAGUCCUGCCCCCCCGAGGAAGAUCGCCAGGACAGAUAGCCAAGAGAUGAAUGAGGACUCAUAAAUGUGUGUGUGUGUGUGUGUGUGUGUUUGCGUACACAGAGUAUAGCCGGUAAAACUUUACAAUAACAAAAGGGUACGCCCACCAGUAUGGAUAUUUCUGGCCGUUCUGCACUACGCCAGCAGCCUUUUCUGGUAUUAAAAUAGAAUUUGGGAAAAUGUAAGUCAACAAAGCAUCGUUUUUAUUUUGUUUUUUGUGGAAAGAAAAUAUAACCGGAAAAGAUCUGAAAGUCACGCGUCGCUCUUGGGGAGGAAACUGCAUCCUGAUGUUUAAAAAACACAAACUAUGCUGGCUAUUCCCUGUGUCGCAUCGUGUGUAUGCUGAGCUGUAAGUGUGUGUGUGUGUGUGUGUGUGUGCGCGUGUGUGUGUGAACGAACAGUUGGAGAGAAAAAAUGUCAGAUUAGAUUUUAAGACGCGAGGAAGUCGACAGGAGACGCUCCGCCUCACGCUCUCGCCACCGGCUCGUGACGUGCAGCCGCCUGUCUCCCGGAGAGAGUCUCACGCGAGUGCCGAUGACACUUUUUUGUUACCAUUUAAAUUGUAUUACGACUUAAUAUUGUUGACGUUUAUGGCGACGAGCUUCCUGCCAGCCGCAGUGCCCGCCCUCUCGGUUCCACUGCCCACUGCAGCCACACGGGGGCGCCAGUGGACGUUUCCUCAGCCUGAACCAAGACUGCACUGUGACCAGAACAAGAGAAGCACCUCUUCUUCCAGAAUGCCGUGUGUGUGUGUGUGUCUUUUUGGUGAAUAUGCAUAUCUUCGUUCUCGUCCUGGACUCGUGCUCGUAGGAUAAACGUCGUGUUGGUGUUUCUGAGAAACGUAUAUUACAUCUAGCGCCGCCGCCGUCUCAUAAACACUAGUAACGACGGGAUGUUCUGUGAGUUUUAGCUGUAAAAAAAAAAAGGAGAAAAAGUUGAGCUCAAAUACGGACAUUUAUGGAUUUUUCGAUUGCGCAACAAGGAGAAACAUGUACAACGAUAUCUGGAAAAGGAGAAGAGAAAAAAAAAAAAGUAAAUAAUUUCCAGUAUCAGAAUGAGUUUAUCCAAUGGACUAUAUUUUGUGUAUGUGUAUGCCUUUUUUUUUGUUUUUUUGGGGAGAAAUAAUACAACCGCAUCACCAUGGAUACGAUGGACGAUGCAAAAGGAAGAAGAAGAAGAGCCCCGCUGUCCGUUACCUCGCCUUGCAUGUUGGUGUUUUACACUUCUGGACCAGUAAUAAUACGACCUGAGGGCGGUUGUGGUUUUAGCCCGGAGGCCUCACACAACCUGGUCUGGACCCCUCCACCCCCGGGUUCUCUGUGCAUAUAUAUUUUCAGCCAUGGAAUGCGCAGUGCGCAUGCACAGCAACGUGCAGUCGCCAUCCCGCCGGCGUCGUAUUCUGUGCAACACGGAAGAAAAGCUGCUUGUUUUUUUGUUUUUAAUAAUAGCAUCACUGCCCAUCAAAGCCUCCGGUUCUGUGUCGACGCCGUCGUGCGUCUGAAACGUAGAACCACGUUGUGCUUCUCGCCCCGGAUCCAUAUGGAUAUUAAUAACACCAGAAGCCUUGCCCCCCCCCGAGCAGACAUGUUUCCUUUUCUGGCUUUGCUGAAAUAAAACUGGAUUGUAACUGG